GGACCAGAUGGUGACGAAAAAAUGACUCGGGCUCUCUCCAUCCUCGCUUACUUUUUCUCUUUGGUUCACUGUAGCAGCUGUGCUGACUCAGAGGAGCGUCUCAUGAACUUCUUGCUGGGAAAGGAUCGCUAUAAUCCACUGAUCCGCCCAGCUGUCAACAGGACCGCGAGAGUCACUGUGAAGCUGCAAGUGUCUCUGGCACAGCUCAUCAGUGUGAAUGAAAGAGAACAGAUCAUGACCACAAAUGUCUGGCUCACUCAGCACUGGGUGGAUUACAGGUUAUCAUGGGACCCUGCAAAGUAUGAAGGUAUUGACAAGCUGCGUAUUCCCUCCAGACACAUCUGGCUCCCGGAUAUUGUCCUGUACAACAACGCUGAUGGAACCUAUGAGGUAACAGUUUUCACCAAUGCCAUUGUCCUUUCCAAUGGCAGCAUCAACUGGCUCCCUCCGGCCAUCUAUAAAAGCGCCUGUAAGAUCGAGGUCAAGCAUUUUCCCUUUGACCAGCAGAACUGCACCCUCAAGUUCCGCUCUUGGACGUAUGACCACACAGAGAUCGACCUUAUCUUGAAGUCAGAAGUGGCCAGCAUGGAUGAUUUUACCCCCAGUGGUGAGUGGGAUAUCUUGGCGCUGCCUGGUAGACGGACUGUCAACCCCCUGGAUCCCACCUAUGUGGACCUCACAUAUGACUUUAUCAUCAAGAGGAAGCCCCUCUUUUACACCAUCAACCUGAUCAUCCCCUGUGUGUUGAUCACCUCUCUGGCCAUUCUGGUCUUCUACUUGCCUUCAGACUGUGGGGAGAAAAUGACCCUCUGCAUCUCUGUCCUCUUGGCCCUCACUGUGUUCCUGCUUUUGAUCUCAAAGAUUGUUCCUCCCACAUCACUGGAUGUACCCCUGAUUGGCAAGUACCUGAUGUUCACCAUGGUGCUGGUAACAUUCUCCAUCAUCACCAGCGUGUGCGUGCUCAACGUGCACCAUCGGUCUCCCAGCACUCACACCAUGCCUUCGUGGGUCAAGUUGAUAUUUCUUGUUAAACUGCCCGCCUUACUCUUAAUGAGACGUCCUCACAAUAACUCUGCACACCAGAGGCUACGUCAACAGCGGUGCCUACGGGCUAGAAGAUCCAUUUUGGGACUGGGUUACCCGGUUGCAAGCAAAACAGGUAUAACUAUAUCAUCUUCUGGCUUGCUGUCCUCCGACUCUGCCUUCUUCACCCCAGGGCACAAAAAUGUAGCUCCUCCACUGGGCAACAGCAACCCCAGCAGGAAAGGGGACUUAUGUUCCACCGAUUACCUUCCAAGUGGUUUUGCUUCCACCCAGGACCUCCAGCAGAAAAGCAACUCAGAUUGGGCUGCUGAUGUCCAGGAGGCAGUGAAUGGGGUUCGCUUUGUGGCUGAGCACAUGAUGGGAGAUGAUGAUGAUCAGAGUGUAAUAGAGGACUGGAAGUAUGUGGCCAUGGUGGUGGAUCGUAUGUUCCUGUGGAUCUUUGUGAUAGUGUGUGUGGUGGGCACCCUUGGCCUGUUUCUUCAGCCUCUCUUCCAAAAUCAGAUUAUUCCCAACCAGCAGCCCAUCUCCGAGGUCCCUCGCAUCUGA